CUCAUAUCCUGUAACUAAGAGAGAUUGAACAAGAAUUAAAAAAAGUAAUGGAGAAAGAAGAAAAUGUGUAUUGUGUAUGAACUCUUGAGUUCUUGAGUUAUGUUUACAAGCCUCCUAUAAGGAGUAUAUAUAGGGAAAAUCCGGGUCUGGGCCUCUAAUAUGGGCCCGACAGACCCGGUUACAUAAAUGGACUGAUAGUACAAAAAACUAAUCUAGAACAUCUGAAUAAUAAUGUACAAUAAUAUGAAUGAUAUCUGCUAAACAUGUGUGGGCCGCUGUCCAGGCCCAGUAGUCGGCAGACCGGGGAUCGGAGUCCAUAUACUCCAUCAGGAGUCCCCCACUCCCUGAGUCGAGAGUACUCGAGGCGAAAGGGAGUAGUCCAAACUGUAGCUGCAACGUUCUUUUGUCUUUGAUUUCUUCCUCUUCGGCCGAGGGACCACCACCCUUGUCAAUGAUGGGGAGGUGCCUCGUUAAAAACCUUUACUAGGAAAAAACUCAGUGGGAAAAAAUCCUAAUAAAGGGAAAAAGAGUACACCUAGCGCCCCCAACAUAAAACAAGGAAGGUAAGUCUCCUCCGGCAUAAUCAAUCUAGCUCAACUCAUCUUCAACCGACUCAGCUCUCGUUCCUGCUCAUGUGUGAUAUUUUCUGCUCUUCUAGAAACUCUGACCCCUCAGUCCCCCAGUCCCCACUCUUUGAGGCGAGUGGAGACAAGGUGAAAAUGAGUAAAGUCAUCUCUGUACCUACACAUUUAUCAUACAUAUAAAAUCUUUUUCUUGGGAUUUAUGUUUCCCAUCGGGAGUUCGUUAUUCGAAACAAGUGGAGAUGUGAAUUGUUAAUGUAAUGAUUAAAUACUUAGUAGAAUGGAUGUGUGAGUCAUUCGUAAGCAACGGUCGCCACUCGGGGAAUGACUAAGACAGGUCUUCGUGCCCGACUUGGUCGGGGCUUGGUGCCUGAGGAGUCAGGGCUUUGUGCCUGAGGAGUCAGGGCUUUAAAUCAUAGCGAUGGGUCUCAAGCCACACUCUACUAGGCAUUUGAUCAUAAGUGCGUGAUAGUGUGACAUUCAACCGACAAAAAAAUGAUUUAAAUAAAUAUAAAUAAUAUAAAAAUUAAAGAAUACUUAUCUUUUUGAAGUGGGCUGAAAUUGGGUACUUGUUGAAAUGUGGCCUUUUGAAAAGCUUAGUUGGAUAACAUGUAGUGCGGCCCACUGCUAUCAAUUGCUAUCAAUCUUGAAAUUGAUUUGAUUCCCUUUUUGCAAUUUUGACUUGGUCAAAAUUUUCCACAUCUUUGCAAGAGCCAAAGAUCCCCAUUAUUCUUUCAUUUUUUGCUUCAACCUUGCGGACGUGGUCAGUCUACAACCAAGGAGUAAUAUAUGGAAUAUCCUUUGGGAAGACCCGCUCGCCAAGCCAAGACAAAUCGGCUUGCUGGCUGAUAGCUGGCAGUGGUCAGGGAAGCUGCGCGGUGCAAGGACGGACAGUGCGGAUAAAAACGCGAUUUGUGGCGCUGUCGGGAUUGAGCCACCGCGGGGGGUGGAAUGCAGUUUCGAUGAGAAGGAACUCGCCGUCGCUGUCCCAAAUGCAAAUUGAUAAGUUCGGGAAGUUCCUGGAAAUCUCAAAAAGGAGGAAUACCACAAACCAUUCAUCUUCUAGGCGCCGAAGCGUAGUUUGCCGCCGAGAUGGGGCGGGGAAGUAGUGGAGAGGCUAAGAUUAAAGGGCUGGUGCUGCCAUAUGUAGUUAGAGGUGUAAGGAGAUAUGAUUUGGAUGAUCUGGAGGUGAAGAGCUUGAAGCUCGGAGGUGGUUGUAGUGGACGUAAAAGAAUGUACAGAGAAGUCCGGAAAAAUGGAGAAGAAAACUGUGUCUUCGGAAGGACAGAGGUUUUUGUCGGAGAAAAUGUUAGAUGAGGUAGCAGCGGAAGGAUCCAGCAGAAAAGCUUCUGCUGUGGCGACUUGGCGCACGGUGGCGGAGUUGACGAAACUCAGACUUGUCAUUCUUCGGAGCUUGGAGAUGGCCAGUAAUGGCGGACCUCCGACAACCAAAGAAAAUGACUUAGGAAGAUGGAAGUCAUGGCCCCCGCUUUCCUUGAGCUGCGAUGGAGGCCGAAGCGGCAGCAGAGCUGCCGGGAGUAGGGUGCCGUCGCGAGCGAGACGGCGGAGACCGUACUUCGCCGGUGGUCCUCCGGGUCGCAGAUCCGCUGCGGAGCAUGGCCUUGCUGUGGCGUCGCCGCGGGUGGUGGGCUGGGUUCCGGAUUUCAGCUGCUUCCCCUGCUUGGCCGGUUCCGACAAGGUUAUUCCCUUUGACCGUGACGGAUCCGGUUGACUGACGCUCGGAAGAGCAGUUCCAGAUCCGCAAAAUCCCAGUUUUUCUUUCUUUUUUAUUUUUCCAGAACAGUUUUUUUGUGACUGGGAAGAGUUUUUGGUAAUUUGGGAGAGUUUCUCACUUGAUUGUGUUCAACCUCUCAACGAGAGCACCAUUGUUGGAUAAUUGAUACCCAUAUCCUAUAACUAAGAGAGAUUGAACAAGAAUUAAAAAAAGUAAUGGAGAAAGAAGAAAAUGUGUAUUGUGUAUGAACUCUUUAGUUCUUGAGUUAUGUUUACAA